AUGCGGCUACCGGGGCUUGUCGCUGCGAUUGUCGGGCUGGGCUCCCUUGCCCUUCAACCGUCGCUGGUCGGUGCACAGGGUGAAACCAAGAUCCACGAGGCAGGCCGAUGUGCUAUACGAGGGCAGUGUGGAAAGAAGUCCUUCUUCGGUGGUGAACUCCCUUGCCCGGAUAAUGGCCUGGCACGUCAACCGGAGGAUUCAGUACGGCAGAAAUUGGUGAAUUUAUGUGGUCCGAAAUGGAAGGAGGGCCCGGUUUGCUGCCUUAAUGAGCAAAUCGACGCACUUUCAAGCAAUUUGAAGCUUGCUGAAGGCAUCAUUGCAUCCUGUCCUGCUUGCCGAGAGAACUUCUUCAACACAUUUUGCACAUUCACAUGCUCCCCCGAUCAAUCACUGUUUGUCAAUGUCACACAGACCGACAAGAGCAGCUCCGGCAAGACGGUAGUGACUGAGUUGGAUAAUGUCUGGUCGGAGGUAUCCCAGAGUGGCUUCUUUGACAGCUGCAAGGACGUCAAGAAUGGCGCAUCUGGUGGGAAAGCAAUCGACUUUAUUGGUGGCGGUGCAAAGAACUACCAGCAGUUUAUGAAGUUUCUAGGCGACAAGAAGCUACUCGGCAGCCCAUUCCAAAUCAACUAUCUCACUGAACCCCGCGGGCCUGAUGCCGACGGCAUGGAGGCGGUGUCAAUCAAGCCCAAGGCUUGUAAUGACGCCGACCCAGCCUAUCGCUGCUCCUGUGUUGACUGCCCCAACGUAUGCCCCGAGCUACCAGCUGUGUCUACGCACGAGGCCUGCCAUGUGGGACUGCUACCAUGUCUCUCCUUUGCCGUUAUCAUUGUGUACUCGGCAUUCUUGCUCCUGGUCAUGGGUCUCGCCAGUUAUGUCACCUACAAGGAACGUCGAUUCCGGAAGCCUGAAAGAGUUCGCCUUCUUCAAGAUCCUUCUCCCAGCGAUGAUGAGGAUGAAGGAGAAGUUGUGCAUCGUGGGGGGUAUAUGGAACAGCCACAGGGCGUGUACAAACCAAAUUCCUGGCUUUCAGCCAUGUUCUAUCGUAUUGGUGGUACAUGCGCGCGCUUUCCCGGGAUUACAAUUAGUUCUAGCAUUGUUGUGGUGCUGUUGCUGAGCCUGGGCUGGCUACGAUUCACUGUCGAAACCGAUCCAGUUCGCCUUUGGGUGAGCCCCUCAUCUGCGGCAGCUAAAGAAAAGACAUUCUUUGAUGAAAAUUUUGGCCCAUUCUACCGCGCUGAGCAGGCCUUUUUGGUGAAUGAUACUGGUCCAGUCCUGAGUUAUGAGACCUUAUCAUGGUGGCUUGACGUUGAGUCGCGAGUCAGUCGCAUCCUCUCGCUCGAACAAGGCCUACUUCUGGAUGAUGUCUGUUUCAAGCCCACUGGCGAUGCCUGUGUAGUGCAAUCCGUAACUGGUUAUUUCGGUGGUUCGGUCUCGAACCUUGACCCCAAUACUUGGAAAGACCGGAUCGUUCACUGCACUGAAUCACCUGGUGAUGUGAGUUGCCUUCCCGGCUUCAAGCAGCCUCUGAAGCCCGAAAUGAUCCUUGGUGGUUAUGAUGAGUCUGGCAAUGUUUUGGAUGCCCAGGCUUUAGUUGUAACUUGGGUAGUAAAUAACUUUGCCCAAGGUACCGAGGAGGAGGAAAAAGCCAUCGACUGGGAACACAUAUUCGAGAGCGUGUUUACUGGCGUCCAGGUAGAGGCCGCUGACCGUGGGCUUCGAGUUUCCUUCUCUGCCGAGGUCAGCUUGGAACAAGAGCUUAACAAGUCAACAAACACGGAUGCAAAGAUUGUCGUGAUAAGCUACGUUAUCAUGUUCAUUUAUGCUUCCCUGGCUUUAGGGUCCGUCACUGUCACCUGGAAGUCGCUUCUAAGAAACCCUGCCAAUGCUCUCGUCCAGUCUAAGUUCACACUGGGUAUUGCUGGAAUUUUGAUUGUCUUGAUGUCCGUCUCUGCUUCCGUGGGUUUGUUCUCUGCUGCAGGCGUCAAGGUGACACUGAUCAUCGCCGAAGUCAUUCCAUUUUUGGUUUUGGCUGUAGGGGUGGACAACAUCUUUUUGAUUGUUCAUGAAUUUGAGCGAGUCAACUUCAGCCAUCCCGAUGACGAGAUCGAUGAGAGAGUCGCUCGUGCAGUGGGAAGGAUCGGGCCUAGUAUUUUCCUUUCUGCCUUGACCGAGACUGUGGCUUUUGGCCUGGGUGCUUUCGUCGGCAUGCCUGCGGUCAAAAACUUUGCUGCGUACGCAGCGGGUGCUGUCUUUAUCAAUGCCAUUCUGCAAGUGACAAUGUUUAUCUCUGUUCUUGCUCUCAACCAGCAACGGGUGCAGAGUCUUCGUGCCGACUGCUUCCCAUGUUUCACCGUGCGAAAGGCGAACUCGAACGGUGUCACCGAGGAUCAGAUCUAUGAUGAUCAGGAGGCGGAGAGUGCAUUACAGACUUUCAUUCGCCGUAUCUAUGCUCCUUUCAUCCUCGACAGACGGGUGAAAGCGGCCGUUGUGAUUAUUUUCUUGGGCCUUCUGACAGCGGGUCUGGCCUUGAUUCCAAAGGUGCCACUUGGGCUGGACCAGCGAAUUGCGCUCCCGAGCGACUCGUAUUUGAUUUCCUAUUUCAAUGACCUCGAUGCCUAUUUCCGCACUGGUCCACCAGUAUAUUUCGUGACUCGGAAUGUCAACGUGACAGAGCGGAACCACCAGCGACAGCUUUGUGGACGGUUCACCACGUGCGAACAAUAUUCUUUGCCAUUUGUGCUAGAGCAAGAAUCCAAGCGUCCAAAUGUUUCCUACAUUUCUGGAUCCGCCGCCAGCUGGAUUGAUGACUUCUUUUACUGGUUGAACCCUCAACAGGAUUGCUGCAAGGAAAAUGGCAAGCUCUGUUUUGAGGAUCGUGUGCCGGCGUGGAACUUGAGUCUCUACGGAAUGCCGACGGGUCCAGAGUUCAUCCAUUAUGCUGAGAAGUGGAUCGACUCCCCCACGGACGCUUCGUGUCCCCUUGGUGGGAAAGCACCUUAUAGCGCUGCGGUGGUUAUUGAUGAAGAACACACCAUGAUCAAUGCCAGUCACUUCCGGACUAGCCACGUCCCCUUACGGAGCCAGGACGACUUCAUUCAAGCCUAUGUUGCAGCUCGCCGAAUUGCCGAUGGGCUUUCUCAGGAGCACCACAUUGACAUCUUCCCCUACUCGAAGUUUUACAUUUUCUUUGAUCAGUACGUCUCUAUCGUGCAACUGACAGGUACCCUCCUAGGGUCAGCUGUCGCCAUCAUCUUCGUCCUCACUUCUGCCAUUCUGGGGUCGAUCGCCACCGGUGCUGUUAUCACCGCCACCGUGGUCAUGACUGUCGUAGACAUUAUUGGCACCAUGGCUAUCGCUGGUGUCUCCCUCAAUGCCGUCUCACUGGUAAACUUGGUUAUCUGUGUUGGUAUUGGCUUAGAGUUCUGCGCCCAUAUUGCACGAGCAUUUAUGUUCCCCUCGCGUACCCUGCUGGAGAAAGCACCUGCCCAGUUCCGUGGCAAGGAUGCUCGUGCCUGGACCGCAUUGGUCAAUGUCGGUGGAAGUGUCUUCAGCGGCAUCACUGUCACCAAGCUCUUGGGAGUUUGCGUUCUUGCAUUCACCCGGAGCAAAAUCUUCGAGAUCUACUACUUCCGUGUCUGGUUGGCGCUGGUUGUGUUCGCCGCUACCCAUGCUCUCAUCUUCCUCCCAGUAGCCCUCAGCUACUUUGGUGGUGGUGGAUAUUUCGAUCCGGCCUCGGAUGGGGGCCUGGAGGCUAAUCUUGCCUCGCGGGGCUACCGAUCCUCGCUGGUUUAUGAUGAAUACGACGAAUACCACUCUGAUUAA